AUGAAUUACCCCCUCCAGAUCGGGGACAAAUCGUUCACGCCUGAUUUAAUUGUAUCGUUGACGGCUACGCGGGGACCUACCGAGGUCGUGCACAUUCCCUACAUAGCAGUAACCGCGUUGACAGAGGAAUGGGAUCACGUUUUUGAGAAAAUGGAGUCGAUGAUCGCUAAACAUCCCGAGGCGAUCUUAGCGUCGAUUGUUUUAGUACGAGAAGUCAAACGCUAUGCUUCUCCUUCAAAGGUGUCUACCGCGGCGGAGACGUUGCACAACCGUUGCGAUGACGAAGAAGAAAAGCCUGAAUCAUUUUUUCAGCACCAGAGUUUACUUUUCUCUUUUUCGUUCACCUUCUCAUUACCCACUCUUAUCUCUGCCUCAGUUUCUUCCAGUUCCGCAGAUGAGAAAUCACUCAGGAUGAGCAUCUCAUCCGUUGAGUCCGUUUCUUCGGUCAUGAUGCUGAUUAGCUCCGCCUCAGACGCCUUACGUUCUUUACCUCUCACCAGUUUCCAGCUUUCCACCACUGCCCACGCCGGGCCACACGACUUCGUUCGCCUCCUUCUGCUGGCCGGAAAUAGUCGAAGAAUCAGCAUUGCAGAGAAAAACCUUGCAUCAGUUGUGGUCGUUCCUCUCAAGGCCUUAUCGGAUGAGCUUCGCGCUCGCUUUGAGGACAAAGGCCUGCUCAUCUUGACCUGGAGCCCUGGAAUAAAGACUUAUGACGCCGGGACCAUCUUUGUUUCUGUGGAGCAGCUAGAAUGUUCAUCGUUUUUCGAUUAUCUCCGAGAAGGUGUUCAGAAGGGCGCUCUCUCCCGCAUCGUCAUAGAUGAAUCACAUUAUGCCUCAACCUCCAAGCACUAUAAACCAUGUCUGCUGCUUAUGCCCCGCCUGCGCCAACUCCCCUUGCAGAUUGUUGCAUCUACGGCAACACUGCCUCCCGCCACCAUCCCCCGAUUCUUGCAACAUUUUCAGAUGCUCUCCGGUGCUACUGAGAUUAUCCGCGGUGACACUACCAGGAAGGAUAUUUCAUUCAAUGCAUUCACCAUUGUGGCCGUUGGUGCUGGCGCGCUCCGCGUGCUCUACACUACGUCGGCACUCUCUGCGGGCUUAGAUAUCCGGGACAUACAAGCAGUUGUCCACCUGCGCAAGCCAAGCAACAUGCUGGAUUACGGGCAAGGAUUUGGUCGCGGAUGCCGGGAUGGCAAACCAGGAUGGUCGUUUGUAUUUCAUGACCCAAAGCAGAAGCCUUUUACUUUACAGGCAGGUCAAGAUGAUACCGGGGUGUCGGAGAUGGCUUCAUGGUUGUCCGUACCAGCGUGUAGGAGAAUAGGUUUGUCGCUGUUCUUUGAUGGCAGGACUUCUAGCUGCCUUGAAAUGGUGACGGUGCAACUUUGUGAUAUCUGUCAGAUGAUGGUAGCCAAGAGUAUCUAUGACCCAUCUCUGGCUAUGCUUCCAGCACCAGAGCCUGCACCUUCUGUACUCCAUCAACUUCGGCUGGCUGCACCCCCUCGACCCCUACUGCCAGCGCCCCCUCUGCAGCUUGGGCUCCUUCAGUUUCCUACGCGCCCCCAGCAUGCUGCGCCUCCCAUGCGUCUACCGGUGCCUCCUCAGCCACCUAUACAACCUCUUCACCCAAAUUCCAAGAGCGAGUCUUCUAACCGCAGCAAUCGUCUCCAGGACAUCAUGUCCAGUUUGGCCGUCGACCAGAGACAGUACAUGAACCAGCAGCUGCUUUCAUUCAAGAAGGUUUUUUCGCCUGGGCUGCUGUGUGCAACUUGUUGGGUUGCCGCAACUCGGCCUUCCGACCAUGGAAAUCCUACUUGCUGCUCCCGAAAUUUCAUUGUUUCACAUGUUGCCUUCCUCAAAGAGGGUCUGUACAUCCCAACAAUGUUCAUAGGAAGCCCUGCGCCCUGGUAG